GUUUGCCUUGAACGCCUGGCUCUCCUAUUUGUACUCAUAGUUGCGUCGCGCUUUACUCUGCCUCCAUCUAUUCCUCAAUUGUCUUGACGCACUCCCACUCGCCUCGUAGAUUCUCCUUCCACAACGACACCUUGUUGUCCUGGCCGCUUACCGCCAGCACAUUGCCGCUGAGCGACCAGCUAACUCGCCACACAGCCGCCUCAAAGUUGAGGACCUUAGAUUCCCACUGGGUAGGGUUUGAGGGGUCAGAUGUCCAAAUACGGACUGUCUUGUCCUGCGAAGCAGAAGCGAUGUAGGACUUUUGGAGGACAGUAGGGGACCAGGCAACAUCGCGAACCCAGUCGGUAUGACCAGUCAGGGGCUCACGCUCUUGCUUGUAGGUCUGAGAAGCAGCAUCAAAAGCCCAGAUCUUGAGAACGUUGUCGCUGCCACCAGAAACGAAUCGUCGGUUGCCGGUAGCACCAGGACCAGGGGCGCUGCUGACGAUGCUUCCAGGAGUAGUAGCGGGAGCCCAGGAGACAGAGUUGACGCCGAGACCGUGGGCGGGGAAGAUGGUGUGGUCGAUGCUGUUGUCCUUGAACUCGAGAACGCUCACAUUGCCGUCGGAGGAGGCGCAUGCUAGCAGACAGCCAGCCUCAUGGGGAGACCAUGAAACGACGUUGACCGAGGCCUUGUGUAGGUUGAAGUCGUAGAUUCGCUGCCAUGCGUUGUUCUGUCCGCCCUGCUCCUUCCAGAUGAAUACCUUGCCAUCGUAACCAGCCGAUGCGAGGAUGUUGCCGUACUUGGGAUGCGCCCAAGCGACACACCAGACGGCACCCUCAUGUCUGUAAGUCGACCCUGUCAGCUUCCCCUCCCUAGGUAUAGGGGUAUUUCGAGCCUACCCCUUGAGAGUCUCGAUCAAUCGCUGGGUUUCGCCCUCAAUCUCAAAGAUCUUGAUCGUCUUGUCGCCAGAGCAGGUAGCUAGCUUGCGCCCGUAGUAAUCGAGGACAGCAUCAUGCUGGGAGUAGCUGUCAGUAUGAUUCGAAGUCGUAGGGAGAUAUCGUGUCGAGCUUGGCUAUGUAUUGCAUAGCUUCGAGUCGCAUCAAUCGGGAGCGGGAACGUACAAUCAUGUCCUCAUGACCAGAGUUGGUGAUAACUUGCGCCGACUAAAGGGGUGGGUUAGCUAUAGUAGAACAAGUUGGGUAUUGCUCGCUUCAGAUGGGACAAGAUGGGGAUCUCAUGAUUCAUGUAUCACUUACCAUCUUGCUAGAUUUCACACCAAAGUUACAGCGCAAAAGGAAACAAGAAAAAAGGAUGAAUUAAUAGAAAAGGUGGCUAUCAGAGGACACGAUACCGCCCAUGACCUGGAGCUAUCUGAGGUGGCCCGCGCCAGACCGUGGCGGUGGUGACAGUUGGCCAAGCUAGAGAUCACGUGGAUAUAAACGUGAUCUCGGCUUGAACACCCCACUUGCCGCAUUUGUAUCCGAACGGCGCAGUACGUACCGAGUUUAAUGUUGCCUCGGCGCAGGCUUCCCCGGACGGGGCGGGAGAGCGGGCAAUCACGAGCCAUCGGGACUCGGUCUUGAAUUGGAAACUUGGACUUGAUUUCUGGGGAAAGCGGCUCUUGGAUUAUUCAUCUUCAACCUCGCAUCUACAUUUUGAUCUUCGUGCCGCACUUUCAGCCUUCUAUAAUCAGCUUUCAACAGCUUCACCGUUAGACAUUCUAUAUACUAUAUACGCGCCACUAGACCCAUCACGUACGCCGAGGUAUACUACCUACUCAGUGCUCUCUCAGCAUCUUCAUCAACUCAUAUAUCCAACAUCUCACUCAAUUAUGGCGGACGCGUCGUGUAGCGGAGGAACACCCUUCAAGCGUCUUAUUGACCACCAAGCCCGAGAUGUCAGCCAUCAUCAAGACAGACUCGUAGAUCGCGCUGGCCCUCAAGGUCAUUCUUCUUUCAGAUCUGUACCACAACAGAUGCAAGGCGCAGAUGGCUUUGGAGCGUUCAUGGAUGGCCCAUCAACUCUUCCAGGUAUCCCUCAGCAUCAUGCAGCAGGAAGAUUAGCAGCCCAUGCCGCUGUCCUUGAACAAGGUCACUCACCAGCCUUUCACGCUGCGCAAGCACCACAGUUUCGCCAAGGGCAUCAUUCUCCCUCCGUGGACGUAAGCAACUGGGCAGCAGACUUCAGCCGCUUCGCAAAUCAGUCACAGCAGCGUCAACCUCUUCAGAACGGCUUCGCUCAGCCUGCACCUCAGAUGCAUCAACCCGCUCCCCAGAUGAACUUCCAAGCCGCAUUUGUUCAACCAAACUCUGCUUUCUCUCCUAUUUAUGGCCAGGCCAACGGCGCUUUCAUGAACGGCAAUGCUGCGAUGACUCAAGAGGUUGGCUUUGAUGAUGAAAUGUCAAAGUGGAUGGCUAACAACACCGGUGGCGGGAUGGAAGAGGUUGACGCCAUGAUGGACCAGAUGGCUCGUGAGCUGGAACUCAAUGACGCAGCAAUAGCACAAGCUGAAGCUCAAGAAGCCUCCCAACAGGAGACAACCGCUGAGCCGACAUUGGAGGCUAACCCUACCAAGCUCGCAACACCAGAUAUUGCCAGCCUUUCUCUUGAGACAGAGGAGUCAGUGGUCACAGAACCUGUUGAGGCGGCAAAGACAAAGUCAGAAGUUGCAGAUGCUGCAGAGCGUCUUCUUGAGUCAGUCGAGCAUGAGGAUGGCGAGAAAUGGAAGAACUCAGUCUUCUUGUCAUUAAUGCGAGAUUUCCGAGAUGGAAGGAAAGACAUCAUCGACAAUGAGAUUCGGGAAACCCCGGAGAACGAGGGAGCUGUUGGGAAAGACGCCCAGUGACGCCUGCGAGACCUUGACGAAAUCAGACGCAUAGCCUCGAGGCUACGUUUACACAAUCAUGAUACUAUCAAACGUUCUUCAGCAAAUUUUAGUAGUCCGCAUCAAGACGAGUUGACGUCACGGUGGGAGGUUGCAUCGAUGAACGACUCGCUGUGGGAUGCAGCCUCGUUUCCUAGUUCUUGCACCGAACAUCUCAGUCGAACGACGUUCUAGGAUAACGGAAUCAUAACUGAUCAAGCCGGACCCUUAAGGUCCAUUGGAGCAGAAGGGGAUCGCUUUGUCAUGGUAUAUAAUGGCAAAUUAUGUACAUCAUGGUUAGAAAGUCAGCAUCGGAUACGAAUCCGUAUGAAUUAACAGGCGUCGAAGUAAUUAACUUCAAGUACAACUGAGAAUCAUAUUUCAGGCUGAGAACAGCGGGUUUAUGUACCAUUGACAGUGAAAAAAACACGCUUGUAGCCAAUGUAAAACACAAUCACAAAUCAAAGGACUUGAAUCAAUCAAUAGGCAUUUCUUUUCAUAAGCGGUCAGUCGCUCCCAUAACUCCAGAUAUUCCCUUCCUUUCAUUUGUGACCCAAAAUGCAUUCCGUUACAUGACUCUCGUUCCUUCUCGCAUGAUGCAAUCUUGAGUAAUGACAGAAAAUCAGUGUAGACACGACGGAUAUAUAAGAAUCGUGUCAUCCAGUAAUGGCCCCCUUAGUCUUGUAUGCAUAACGCCAUGAUAUCGAAGAAGAAUGUGUAAGGUAGAAAAUGGCAGGGCUCGUCAUGUAUAAAUAAGCGAAUCCAUGCCAAAUAAGGGCAAUAUAAAUGAGAUCAACUCUUUAUAGUGACGUCCAUGAGCAACCGCAAUCGGUAAGUGACGGGUUUGUUCGUUUCAGCAACUGUCGAAGCGCUUUCUUGGUCUCAAGUUCUGAGCGCUUUGUGAAGGUAAGGUCCAGGGUAUCAACAUCCUCAUUCUCCUGUUCAACAAUGACGAUCACAACCUUCUUACCGUCUUUUUCGACCGGCCUCUUCUCAUCUCCGUCGCCAAUGAUCUCGUAUUGAGUGCAAGUCGCCACGGAUUCUUCACCCCAUAGAAAUCGGCGCUCAACCAUCUUGUAAACAUGGGGGAACACGGGCACGGGUUGUUUCCAAGAGCUCCAGUCGGCUGUGGAUGUGCUAGAAUAGGUGCUGUAUGUGGCAGUGGCACCUUCGGAACCAGUAGUUGUCGCAGAAGGGGGAUGAUAGGUCGAAGAAUUUUCACCGGGGUAAAUAAAGAACUCGAUGACAGUGUCUGGCCAUGUACAUAUCCAAGGCUUGUCGCCCUUCUUGGCAUUGGGGGGGGCCUUGUUCUUGAAUCGAUGGAAAGAGUUGUAGUCUUCAUAUUCAUCGUCGCCGUCCCAACCUCGCUUGCUCAGAGCAGCACCAAACUUCUUCUCGGAAACGAUGACAGUCUUGUUGUACUUUGUCCUCAACCACCAAGCAGGACCGCGUGCAAGUUCCAACGUGUCGUUAACUAAUACCAUAGGUGUUGGCUGAGGAAUGCUGGGAGGUUGGGCACCCCACGGAAAUGGCGUGUCCUUAUCAGGAAUAGCUUUGAGAGUCAGAUUGUAGCAAGGUUUGGACUUGGAUCUUGUGCCUUUAUCGAUCUGAAUCGACCACAUAGGGAUGACAAUGUCACAGGACCAGGCCGAUGACUGUUGCGAGUCGUUGAAACAGGCAUUGCUAUUCUGAGGGCUAGGGUCAAUAUUGGGGAGUGCAAAACGCCCUACGGCCAUUGGGGGCAAGUCAGUCGGUAUGGUUGUGAUGAUCUCAGGGUCAUAUGUGGUCGUGGUCGGAGGUUGGUAAGAAUAUUUGCUGGACAGGAGUUAGCAUGAUAGUGAAGGUCAACAGCAAAACUUACUCAUUUGGAUCAGGGGGUCCAUCUGGGUUAUUGUUAUGGUUUUUUGUGAGCAUAGUUCCAAUAACGGCACCCAUGAUGAUGCCCAUGAGAAUCAAGCCAACAAGCAGGAGGCAAAUAGCCCAGUAAGGUACAAUUCCCCAGAGCUUCUUCUUUGCCCUACGUUGCCAUUUGUUGACAGUAGGCUUCUCGGAAGUUUCGGCGGCGGCGGUGUUGAUGUCGUGAUGGCUGGCCUCGGAGGCAUGGCUUCUGACUGAAGGCCGGGUCCUCGGCAAAGCUAGGUCAUCAUCCGUUGAUGAGAAUUCAGGAUCGCGAGUUGCCAUACCAAUUCCACCAGCUCCUGGAAUUUCCCUGGUGGGGGAUGCGGGCUCAGACACGGGCGAUACUGGCGAUACUGGCGAUACUGGUGUUUGUGUUGCAGGUUUAGGCACAUACGCAUUAUCCGGAUAUCUGGUGUAGGGCGGCAGUUCCUCCAUAUGGCCCAAUGGGCCGACCAAAUCACCUGCCUCUUCUCCAUCCGGUCCUAGUUGUCGCUGAUAAGUUCCUCCCAAGCCGUUGAAUCCCACUGGAAUCGAGGGUGCGCUGCUCUCGCCGGAGGUGGUGUUUUGUGUGUAAAGAGCGUAUGGAUGAGUUGGAGCUUGAGUGCCUCCAUAAGAACGAUCUUCUGGUAUGACUGCGUUGGCGGUGGUAGAUGUAGUAGCCACACUCAUUGUUCGCUGAGGAUACAUCUGAUAUGGAUGAGAGGGACCAGAUGGGCCUGUAUAUGGACUUUCGGCGCGAAUGACCGGAGAAUCUGACGAUAGACUGUGGUUGUUGCGUAUGUGAGAUCGGUCAGCAGUUGAUGUGCCGUCGUUUCGAAGAGCAAGAGAAUCAUGAUUUCGGUGAGGCUUGGAGAUGCUAGAAGGUCGAUUGCGGAUGGCAGGUGCGAUUUCACCUGAUCCAGAGACAAGUGGUGCCUGUGAUGACUUUGUAGAUGCCGAUUGUUGGGAAAAGGAUUCAGUCGAUGAUAAUGACGAUUCGGGUUGGGUAUUGGAGUUUGAAGUCGGGUUCAUGGAAGAAGAAGAAGAGGUGGCAUUAUCGGACGGUCGGAAGCCAUCCGCCACCAUCAUAGCACUGAGAUCGUAGUCAUCGUCGGCACCACUACCAGUGGACAGCCUCAAGGAACGCGAGCGUCGGGUCGAUGAGCGACGCGAGUUGCUAGAGUCCUUCCCGUUGUUGGGAUCCAUGGCGUGGUGGAAAGGGAGGCCAGGGCUUCAAGCCAAAGACGCCUGCAAGGGCGUGCCCUACAAGUCGUUGAAUUUCAAGAGUUGAAGUCGACGUUGAGAUCCAAGGGGGCGAUGAACGGUGUCGGGAUUCGAAGGGGAGCGGUCGUCAAGCCAAUGGCGAAGGGAGUCGUUUUCGGGAGACAAAGUCAGAUAAGGAGACAGUUUGUAGCGAGCGAAUAUUGAGUUCGAAACGGGAAAUUCGAUGACUCGAGUCAGGUCGAUAAUCGGAUGAGCGAGAGUGAUUGAGAGAUUGAAUUCGAUUCGAUUGAUUGAUGAUGAUGAUGAUGAUGAUUUGUUUAGUCGUGGUUGGGAUGGGAUGGAUGGAUCGAUGGGGAUUGACAGGAUGGACAGAACUGCAAAAAGCCAAGAAAGAGAAAGCGGGUUUCGAAGAGGAGCGAGGGAGCGACUGAGAGUGGCUACACAACAGAAACAGGAGGAGGGAGACUGGGAGAACAG